GUUACCCGGCUGCACCGCCUGGGCACCGUGAGAUCAGACCGCAGACACACACACACACACACACACACUCACACACACACUCUGUCCAUCCUUCUUAUGCUGCGACCUGACAACAAACACAAGGACACCAUCACUCCUGCCGUCUCCAUCAGCUCACGGCUCUGAGAGGACAAAAUGAACGGGACCUACGAGCACGCUCCUCAGGACGGGUCCUUCAUGUUUACCUCCGAGUCCGUGGGAGAGGGGCACCCCGAUAAAAUCUGUGACCAGAUCAGUGACGCUGUGCUGGACGCUCACCUGAGGCAGGAUCCUGACGCUAAAGUGGCCUGCGAGACGGUGUGUAAGACGGGCAUGGUGCUGCUCUGUGGUGAGAUCACGUCCCGAGCCAACGUGGACUACCAGAGGGUGGUGAGAGAAACCAUCAGAGACAUCGGCUACGACAGCUCGGACAAAGGUUUUGAUUAUAAGACCUGUAACGUGCUGGUGGCCCUCGAGCAGCAGUCGCCUGAUAUCGCUCAGGGAGUUCACGUCGAUCGUGUGGAGGACGACAUCGGAGCCGGAGACCAGGGUCUGAUGUUUGGAUACGCCACAGACGAGACUGAGGAGUUCAUGCCGCUCACCGUCGUUCUCGCCCACAAACUCAACGCCAAGAUGGCCGAACUGAGACGUAACGGGUCCGUCCCCUGGCUCCGACCGGACUCCAAGACACAGGUGACGGUUCAUUACACCCAGGAGAACGGAGCUGUGAUCCCAAGGAGGGUUCACUCUGUGGUGAUCUCGGUGCAGCACGACGAGUACGUGAGCCUGGAGGAGCAGAAGACGGUCCUGCAGGAGGUCAUCCAGGCCGUGGUCCCCUCGAGGUACCUGGACGAGAACACCAUCUAUCACCUGCAGCCCAGCGGACGCUUCGUCAUCGGUGGUCCACAGGGCGACGCCGGAGUGACGGGCAGGAAGAUCAUCGUCGACACAUACGGAGGUUGGGGGGCUCACGGGGGCGGAGCUUUCUCCGGGAAGGACUACACCAAGGUGGACCGCUCGGCUGCCUACGCCGCCCGCUGGGUGGCCAAGUCUCUGGUGAAGGCCAAACUGUGCAGGAGGGUUCUGGUCCAGGUGGCGUAUGCGAUCGGAGUCGCUCAGCCUCUGUCCGUCUCUCUGUUCACCUACGGCUCCUCUCAGAGGAGCGAGAAGGAGCUGCUGCAGAUCGUCAAGAGAAACUUCGACCUGAGGCCCGGCGUCAUCGUCAGAGACCUGGACCUGAAGAGACCGAUCUACCAGAAGACAGCCUGCUACGGACACUUUGGCAGGAAGGAUUUCCCCUGGGAGGUCCCCAAAAACCUCAACUUCUAGAGUGUGUGUGUGUGUGUGUGUGUGUGUGUGUGUGUGUGUGUGUGUGUGUGUGUAUGCUGUAUAGAUAGCUUCCCCCUCGUGCUUCUGUAACCCAGUAAGCGACAGGCAGCUGGAGGGUGUGUUGAUGGCUGCGGGUGGUGCAGAUGGACGGCGUAAAGAUAUUUCAUCUGUAAUUUAUGACUCAUCUUCUCUGGAACUUGAGCUAUUUUGGUAUUUUGGUCUCAUAGAUACAGUGUUCAGUCAUGUGACCUUUAUUUUGUUUCAUACUUGAACUGGCAGAGAAUAUUUUAGUACCAUUUUAAUAUCUUGAGAGACAUUUUUGUUAUGAUUUUGUCAGUAGUUUUAUAUGAUUAAUACCCCAGAGUGAGUGAGUGAGUGAGUGAGUGCAGGUUCAAAUUUAGAUGAUGGUGAUGAUCCUUUUUUAGCUGCCUUGAUGUUUUACCUUAAAUCUACUAAUUUGUUGUUGUUUUGUUUUUUUCACCAAGGUGUGUACAAGAUAAAAUACGUUUUAUGUCAUUUGGUAUUAAAACAUUAAUUUCACUAAACACCUGCAGAGACUUCUCCAAAACAAAGAUCACAAAAGACAUACAGCAAAUAUCCCAAAGAAGUUUUAAGUGUUUGUUUUUGUUUUUUUGCUUUAGGCAAACAUUAAUUUUAACAUUAACAUACUGUCAGGAUUUUUAUAUAACAGAUAGCGGCUGCUGGCAAUGUCCCAAAUUAGUACCUUAGUAUGUCAAAAACUUGUGAAUCCUAAAUGCUUUUCUAACUUUUAUAUUUGUAUAAUAUUUAGCUGUCUGCAGGCGGAGUAAGUGAAGCGUUCAGUAUUAAACUGGAUCAUCUGAAGCCUUCUUCUUCUACUUGAAACCGCUCUGAUUUUAUAAUCAUUACACCCAGCUUAAAGUUUGACUAGAUUUUAGAGUGUCAGUAGGGAAUCAAUGCACAAACCCCGAUCAUAAACCUGUAUUAUCAUGUUUUCAUAAGGUUGUUGUGUGAGAUGAAACUGCUGAUCCGUAAUAUUUGACCUGGAACAGCGUGAACUUCAACAACACGUGCAAACAUCUGCAGAGCAAAGAUGAGAUUUUUUUAAAAAACAGUUAAUGUCUGAUAACUUGUCUUUAUCAUCUGUAAGUGAUCACAUCUCAUUCUGUGUCAUUAGUCCUGGAAAAUUCUGU